AUGACCGGACGCCAUGGAUUGGAACGCCAGAAUGAGUAUUUUAUUCCUGGAGAUGGCAUUAGCCGUGAAGUGAUUCAGGCGGAUAUCUGCCGGUACCUAGGAAACGAUGCGCUCGGUCAAAAAGGCUAUUUAAUACGUGCCUAUCGGAAUCUUACUUCGGAAAUGAUAGCUGAUCUGAAAGCUGAUUCCGCCCGAUGGGAGGCAGAGGUCGCACGCAGACAGGAGAUGGGAUACUCAGGAGCAAGAGGUACUUAUGAUCAAGAUGCGCGCAGGUCUCGCAGCCCUAACACGCCUCCAGCAAAUUAUGCUUCGUCCUCGAUCCAUGAAAUACGUCAACAGGGUGGCCCGUCGCCUCCUACCUAUAAUGCAGCUCCCGCUCAGUAUAUGGAUCCCUAUGGACAACCCCCCUAUGGUGCGACUCAAAACCCUCCAUAUCCGCCUCCGUCCUUCCCCAGCUCUCAGCCUUCCUACGGAACAGGCCAGAACCCUUAUCCUCCACCACCACCACAAAACCCUUAUUCCGGACCAAGCCAGCCCCCCGUGUCUGCUCCGGAUGUACAUCCGUCGUCAUAUACAUACACGAGCAGCACCGUCGGCUACGGCUAUGAAGGAAGGAAUAAUGCGCCCAGGUAUCCAGGGCCGGGCUAUGAAAAUGAUUCAGAAUAUUCACCUGUUACGUCAAGUAUGGCUUAUCCUGCUGCAACCACUGCCCCGGAUCCCCGGAUAGGAAUGGACCCAAGAUACGCACCGGAGCCCGCCUACCAGGAUCCCAGAGCUCAGACCAACAGGCCACAGCAGACCAGGGGAGGAGAAGCUCAUCGUCGAACCCGUUAA